CGGAAAGCAAAAAAAUGACGAGCUCGAAGAUGGACAAACCCAAAACCCAAGCAAGGUCAAAGGCAACUCCAAGAAGCACAUCACUCCGGUCCAUUGAUGCUGCUUAUGAGGAAAUACUAGCUAGCUACCAACAUGAUUUCCACUGCUAGUAGAACCGCCUUGGCAUGGGCCCCACGAAGAAAAGCUCUGUCACAAGCAAUUCACCGAUCCACCUUGACUAGAAGAACCACUAGCAGCAGUACAUCCAGAACGACAGCAACCACCAAGAAGAAUAAUCCUGUCAAAAAUAAUAACGAAUCGAGUGUCCACAAGAAUCCAGAUCAUGCCUCUACUUCUAGUAUUGACACAAAUCUUCUCCCCAAAAGUUUCGCCAUUGGAUCCCUCGCCGGAUUAAUGGGCUCGCUAGCCGGCAUGGGAGGUGGAUUCGUCAUGAUUCCCUUAAUGACAUCCCGCCAAUUGCUGGGAUUGACACAACAUCAAGCACACGGCACCAGUCUGUUUGCCGUUGCCGCCACGGGAGUCGCUGGGGCACUCGGAUACCAAGGACAAGUCCAAUACGAUGCGGCCGCCGCCAUUGCCGCCUGUGGGAUUGUCACGGCUGGACUGGGAGCAUCCGUCACGACCUAUCUGUCGGCACGCCAUCUGAAAAAAGCAUUGGGAGUGUUCAUGAUUCUGGUCGCGCCGUUGGUUCCUCUCAAAGGGUAUCUGACCAGUAAUGACAAUAAUGACAAUCCACUAUUACCAACAGAAGAAGCAAACGACAAGAAUUUAAUGCCACAACAAGACAAAGCCACCAAUAAUUCAUCUUGGCCACAACGACUGUUGCCACCGGCCAUGAUUGGGCUGGGGUCCGGAUUUUUGGCGGGACUCUUUGGAGUGGGAGGAGGAGCCGUAGUCGUACCGGCAUUGACACUCUUUACCGAUGUCAAUCAUUAUCAAGCUCUGGGGACCAGUCUCUGCGCCAUGGCAUUGCCAGCCAUUUCGGGAACCCUUACCCAUUUCAAAAAGGGCAAUGUCGCCAUGAGAGUGGCACCCGCUCUCGCGGCAGGAGCUUUUUGUGGGGGAUAUCUAGGAGGACGAAUUGGAUUGCAAAUCCAUGAAAAUGCGCUCAGAUGGGGAUUCUCCGGUCUCAUGGUGACAUUGGGUGUGCGGACGUUGAUUCGGUAAUCAUAGCACACACACAAGCACAUGAUUGAAUUCAAUUUGAAAAUCAAGGAGACGAUGUUUUGUGGAGCAGUUUUUGCAAGGACCAAACGCCAUACAAAGCACUAUCUCAAUGAAUGACGCAGAGAGAGCAGGCACAGAAAUACAAAGAAAACCACUCUUUGCAACGCUACGCGUAUGGUAGGUUUUUAAAAAAUUGUAUGGCGCCAAAAAUUUUGAGUG